CUAUGUUAAGUUGUUGACAGGAUCAAUAAUUUCUGGAUAUAAAGCCAGCAAUUGGGGAGUUCAGCAUGACCACCAACACUAGCAUGAUAUGAACACUACAAUAAGUUAAAGCCAAUAGAUACAUGCAUAUCAGAAAGGCACACACUCCCAAAAACACAAUCCUCUAUUACCUAAUUCACCUAUCCAUAAGGGCUUUUAGUCCAAGCAAGUCAGUGUGAAUCCCCACAAGAUGUUAGACAAUAUGGAAUAUACUUUUUCAGCAGAAGCUGCAGAGGCAGAAGCUUACACCACUAGCAGCACAACUCCACCAGGUGCCAUAAGAAAGAAGAAAAACAAAAACACAAGAAGGUUCAGUGAUGAACAAAUCAAAUCAUUGGAAACUAUGUUUGAGACAGAAUCAAGGCUUGAACCUAGAAAGAAGUUGCAGGUUGCUAGAGAGCUUGGAUUGCAGCCACGACAGGUUGCUAUAUGGUUUCAGAACAAGAGAGCUAGAUGGAAGUCAAAGCAACUUGAGAGAGACUAUAGCAUUCUUCAAGCCAAUUAUAACAAUUUGGCUUCAAGAUUUGAAGCACUGAAGAAGGAGAAGCAAACAUUACGAACACAGUUGCAGAAGCUGAAUGAUCUACUACAGAAGCCACUAGAGCAAAUUCAAAGUUCUACACAAGUUAAAGUAGCAAACAGCAUGGACAGUGAAUCAGAAGCCACCAUCAAUUGUAGUGAACCUGAGGUAAAGCCAAGCCCAUCAAUGGAAAGAUCAGAACAUGUACUUGAUGUUCCCUCUGAUGAUGACUCCAGCAUAAAGGUAGAAUACUUUGGCUUGGAAGAUGAACCUGGUCUUCUGAAUUUUGUUGAGCAUGCUGAUGGUUCCUUGACAUCUUCAGAAGAUUGGGGUACUUUUGAUUCCAAUGAUCUGUUAGGCCAGUCAACCAGUGAUUAUCAAUGGUGGGACUUCUGGUCCUGAAUGAAACAGAACACCCAAAAUUGUGUUUGAGGAUUUGAGGAAAUGUAUGCAUAUAUGAUGUUACAGCCAUUCUCUUGUUCAAGAAGUUGGCAGGGUAAAAUCAAGGGCCAUGGGAAAGUGGACAUUUUUCUGUACAUCAAUCAGUUUGUAGGAAAUUGAGUUUACUUGUUCUUGUCCAGAAUCUGCAAAAUGGAGUUCAAUCUCUUGACUUCAGGUGAUAACCAAAGUUCUUGUUGCUGUUGCAUUGAGCUCAAUUGAGAAAAAAAAAAUGCAGAGUUGCAUAACCAAAAGGAGAGGACUCCUAUAGAAUUAAGGACACCAAGGAAGCUUGAAAUCUUAUGUUUUUUGCAAACUGGUGUGCACAAGAGAGAUCAAGAAAAGCACAAUCUGUAGUUGGCAAUCAAUCAAUGUUUGAAACCAAAACCCAACUUAUGUAAUUAGUUUUUAAUAAAUUGCUUUUUCAAUGCAGUUAAUGCUUCCAUUGGAUAUAUGAAUGUUUCACACUGCAUAUAAAUCAGGAAAGUUCCAUAUUUUCAUCCACAAGGAAAAUAUAUCAA